GGUGCCGGUCCCGGUCCCGGUCCCGGUCCCGAGCCCUCUUACCCGGCGGUAGCCCCACUGGCCACGGGACGCAGGCUGUGUUUCCCGUCCUCCUCGUGCCCGGGACCCCGGAGGCUGCUCCGGAUCCUCUGGUCGCCAUGGCAGCCACCAGGAGUGUGAUGAGAGCAGUCCGAGUGUUUGAAUUUGGUGGCCCUGAAGUGCUUAAACUCCAGUCGGACGUGUUAGUUCCUGUUCCCAAAGAAAACCAGGUGUUAAUUAAAGUCCAUGCCUGUGGGGUAAAUCCUGUUGAGACAUACAUUCGUUCUGGGACUUACGCCAGGAAACCGGCUUUGCCCUACACUCCUGGCUCGGAUGUGGCUGGGGUGAUUGAAAGCGUUGGGGAACAAGUGACUGCAUUCAAGAAAGGUGACAGGGUUUUCACCCUUGAAACACUUUCUGGAGGAUAUGCAGAGUAUGCAGUUGCUGCAGCCAACAGAGUCUUUCCUUUGCCAGACAAACUGGACUUCAAGCAGGGAGCAGCGAUUGGAGUGCCCUAUUUCACUGCCUACCGGGCCCUUUUCCAGAAAGGCUGUGCCAAAGCAGGGGAAAGUGUGCUGGUUCAUGGUGCUAGUGGGGGGGUGGGACUAGCAGCAUGUCAGAUUGCCAGAGCUUGUGGUUUGAAGGUUUUAGGUACAGCAGGAACUGAGGAGGGCAUGAAUAUGAUCCUGAGAAACGGUGCUCACCAAGCCUUUAAUCAUAGAGACCCGAAUUACACUGAGAGAAUUAAGGCGUGCACAGGGCCAGGGGGAAUCGAUAUAAUCAUAGAAAUGCUCUCGAAUGUCAACCUGGAUGCUGACUUGCAGCUGCUGUCCCGCGCAGGGAGGGUAAUGGUUGUGGGCUGCAGAGGACGCAUUGAGAUAAACCCAAGAGAUACAAUGAGCAAGGAGUCCAGCAUAAUUGGAGUGAGUCUGUUUCUUGCAACUGAGGAGGAAAGGCAUGAGUGUGCCACAGCAGUCCUUGAUGGCAUAGAAGCUGGCUGGCUGAAACCUGUUGUGGGCUUGGAAUAUCCCCUGGAGAAAGUAGCCAAGGCUCAUGAAGACAUUAUUUGUAGCAGUGGUGCCCGAGGAAAGAUGGUGCUCCUUCUAUAAAGGAGCACUUUUUUCCAUCUAUUUUGUAGCUGUUCUAACUGCACCUUUGCUUACAUGGUUCACUGAAUGUAUGUUAUAAACAUACCUUUGAUCAUGUUUGACAGUAGCAGAAAAUGUUCACUUAGAUGAAUUAGUUAACAUUUUCUUUUUAUAAUGAGCAGAGUUGCAUUUACUAGAAAGUAAUUUUGGUAGCUUUUUUCAUGGAUGUGGGAAUAUUUAAUUUUCUCUGCUGGUGUGCUUUGUGCUGCAGGGGAUGGUAGGGUUUGGUAUGGUCCAUGUGAAGGCAAAGUAAGGCCACUGUAGGCAACAUAGAAUGAAGCUGCUUUUUACAGAUACACAAAAUUAAAUAGUUUACUAUGUGUGUUAAUUAGAACUGUAAAUUAUUUUAGCCACAAAAUUUACAUUCAAAUUUUGUCACAUAAUUUACUUGAAAUAAAAGCUUUUGUUGAGAAAAUAAUUCACUUUCUAGCUCAAAAGCUGGGCAGAAUCUCUCAAACAUGAACUGUUUGGAGCAGAGGCAGUUCUACUUGCCUAAGGCUGAAGUGACAGAGUCCUGGCUCAUCCACAGGGACCGUCACUCUGGAGCUGCAUGCUGGGAUUUACCUCUUUGGAACUGAUGAUCGUGGCCAAAGCAGCUGGUUCCUAGAUGGUAAAUGGCUGGUUGUGAAGAUUUCAGUCCUUCCUGUGACCUUUAUUAAAAGUCUCCUGGAUCCCUGGCUGCAUGGAGAGUGGAGGCUGAAUGGCUUUUGUGACACAGAGUUCCUGUGAAAUUCCUGAGCUGUGUCCACUGAAGUGGGCAGGGCACAGCCUCAGCACUAGGGCUUUGUGUGCAGGUGUCAUGUGGGGUCACUUUGCCAUUACACUGGGGUAAUUUCAUUGUGUCUUGUUCUCAUAAGCCUUAAAUCCAUUGUACAACCGAUGAUGUUGCCAGGAAAGAUGAUGGAAUGUUUCUAAAGAUAAUGAUUUCAAUGUAGUGUUUCAGUGAGUGGUUUCAGAAAGCUGCUUGGGGAGAGAAGGACGAGGCCAGCUCAGCUGUGGGAAGGCAGGGACCAUGUCUGCCAAGGUGCAGUGGGGUCCUUCCUCCUUCCAGGCUGUCCCAGGGGAAUGAAGCUGGUUUCCUUGUUUGUAACACAUCCUACAGGAACAGGGAGCUGUGUUUUUUAGCUGGAGAUUUAAGUGAUUCACAUGGUGUCAGUGAUGUGUGUAGGUGGUGUCUCAGCUGAUUAUCCAGGUGAAAGAUGCUGACUGUUCCUGUUGUCUCAAGCAGAAUGUGCCCUGAGCAGUGGUGCCCUGUUAGGAACCUGCUAUUCCUCUUCACAACGCUGUUGGAGAAAGUAAAACAUCUCUUAAUAUCAAAGUACUAAACAGAGGUUAAAAGUAAUGGUUAACGAUGGGUAUGAUUGUGGAGAUUAUGUGCAUAUAAAAGUAUAUACCUUUUCUCUAUAUUCUGUGUUCAAAUAUUAAAUUAAUUUUAAUUCAGCCUUAAUUUAGUAGGGGUCUAUGACAUGAGAGGCUGAUGGUUUGCAGUGGCUUCUUUCUUGCUUAGUGCUGCCACAGCAUCACGCAUGAUGUUUAUAGGGGAAAUUCAGUCUCACCGAUUCUGUCCUCGCCGUUGGUGUCCCAAGGGCCGUGGUUGUAGUGGAGUUUGUCACCAGAAGGUGUCAGAGCAGCUCUGCAUCACCACAUUGUCGCUGCUCUCUGCCAGCUGACCCGGCAGAAUGGCACAGCAGGACUGGGACUGACUUGUUUGGAAUAUCAUAUAACGUUUAUUCUUCUGUGAAUUUCCAAUGUAUUGUAUAAAUGUUUUUUGGUUUUUUUUUUUUAAUUUUGGAAGAAGUGAAUAGAACUAAUGAGGUAGGAGUGAGGUGUGUCUGAUUUGUGCAAGCCACCCAAGAGAAUGUGUCAUCCUGGAGAGUCGGUGGUUCGGCUCUCUUUUUGGGAUAUGCUGCCCCUUGGCAGUGCAGAAAAGGAUGGAGGAAGAGGAUGGGGGCCACAGACCAAUGAAUUUGGCAGGAUAAUUCUCUGUUUGUUGAGAAUCAUCUCCUGAUUUGACUGGAUGGGAUUUUGGGAGCAGUGGUUCCCAGUCACAGCCUGCUUGGUGCUGCUCUGGCUGGUUGGAAGGGUUGAAGGGGCUCUUGUAUUUGUGCUGACUUUGGCAUCUGCAUGAGAGAUUCGGGGUUCAAAGGGAGGACUUGUGUACAAUGCAAGGGUGUGGAAAGUACUGUUCUAUGUGUUUCUAAAACAGAAAAGAGUGGAUUGUUCUGGAAAGCAGCUGCUCUUGGUUAGUCUCAUCAUGCUCCAAAUAAAUGCUGCCACAUUUUCUAAUCA